AUGCAAAGCACUCCGCUUAAAAAGAAGAAAUCAAUAAUAUAAAAGAUUAAAACCUUCUUUAAUGAUAUUCCCGAUCAAUAAAUUGCAGUUAUAAAUGAAGCGUCCUAUAAAAGACCUCCGUAAAUCAAAAAAGUAAACUAUUUUGUUAAAUCUAAGAGCUAAUCUGUAGUUGAGGAAGGUUCAAAAAGCAAAAAACAAGAUCCAAAGCAUAAGUACUCUGAAGAACUUUAUGAAGAAAUACAUGAAGUUAAUCAUGUAGAAUUGGGAGAAUGA